AUGCCUACUACACUCCCCCCCAAUAGCCCGUUUUACCGAUUCAGCACGUCCAUCGAGACGCGUUGUUUCAUCAACAACACGUUCGUCGAGACCGCGGACAAAUUCCCCAUCUACAACCCGAGCACCGAAGAGCUAUCGGCGCAGGUGAGCCAAGCGGGCGUCAACGAGGUCGAUGCCGCCGUCGACGCCGCCGAGAAGGCCUUCCCAGCAUGGUCAGAGCUCUCUGCCGAUGCGCGCGGGGCCUGUCUGCGGCGGCUUGCCGAGCUGAUGGUCGAGUCGGUGGACGAGCUGGCCUACCUCGAGGCCAUCAGCAUGGGCAAGGUGGCGGCACACUACCCAGGAGAGGUGCGGUGGGCGGCGGCGCUGCUGCAGUACUUCGCCGGGCUGGCCACGGAGCUGCACGGCGAGACGAGCCUGUCGACGGCCGGCAUGCUGAAUCUGACGCUGCGCCAGCCGUACGGCGUGUGCGGCGCCAUCAUCCCGUGGAACGGCCCGCUGGCGGCCUUUGCCAUGAAGGUCGGCCCGGCGCUCGCGGCGGGCAACACGCUGGUGCUGAAGCCGUCGGAGAAGUCCCCGCUGACGGCGCUGUGUGUGGCCAAGCUGAUCCCCAAGGCCGGCUUCCCCCCAGGCGUGCUGAGCAUCCUCCCGGGCUUCGGGGCGGUGACAGGCGCGGCCAUUGCGUCGCACAUGCGGAUCCGCAAGCUGGCCUUCACGGGCAGCACGCGGACGGGCCGCAUCGUCAAGCAGCUCGCGGCCAAGUCCAACCUCAAGCACGUCACGCUGGAGCUCGGCGGCAAAUCGCCGUGCAUCGUCUUCGAGGACGCCGACCUCGCAGCCGCGGCAGAGGCGGCCGCGCUCUCCAUCGCCGGCAACUCCGGGCAGCUGUGCUACGCCAGCUCGCGAGUGUACGUGCAGGCGUCGAUCGCCGACCGCUUCGUCGAGGCGUACACGGCCGCGUUCCGGAAGGCCAUGGGCAAGGUGGGCGAUGCGCUGGAUCCGGACACCACGCACGCGCCGCAGGCCGAUGCGGCGCAAUUCCAGUCGGUCAUGGGCUUCAUCGAGGCGGCGCGGACGCAGGGGCUGGAGCCCAUCGCCGGAGGGCGGCGCGUGGGCGAAAGGGGCUACUUCAUCGAGCCGACCGUGUUUCUGGACCCGGGCGAGGGCUCGCAGAUCAACCGCGAGGAGAUCUUUGGGCCCGUUGCCGUUGUCAACACGUUCGAGACCGAGGAGGAGGCGCUGCAACGGGCCAACGACACCGAGUACGGGCUCUACUCGUCCAUCUUCACCAACGACCUCAAGCGGGUGUUGCGCUUCGCCAAGGGCUUGGAGGCGGGCAUGGUGGGCGUCAACUGCACUUCUCCCACGGCGCCGUUUGACAUGCCAUUUGGUGGCUUCAAGCAAAGUGGCGAGGGCAGGGAGUUUUCGUUUAAGUCAUUGGACUCAUGGACAGAGACCAAGACGGUCAUGAUGAAGAUGUAG